AUGGAGCUCUCCGACAUCUUCCGCAUCGUCAACUUGGUUGUCGGUGUUAUCGUCAUUCUUGGCGGUAUCGUGUCAAUCUUCUCCUUCAGCCUUCAGCCUAUCGUUGUUGGUGCUUAUAUGAUCGUCUUCGGCCUUGUCAUUGGUCUUCUUGAAUUCCAGAUCCCUCCUCAAGUCUCCCGACAUGCCUCUUUCAUGUUCUCCUUUGUCGGCCGUGGUGUUUUUUACAUCUUCCUCGGCUGUCUUCUCCUGGGUGAGAAAAUCCUCAGCAAGAUUGCUGGUGGCAGCGUCGGUCUCAUCGGUCUUGCCUUCGUCGCCCUUGAGUUUAUCCCCUCCAUCGAGCCCCCAAGCAACAUGCGCGAGGCCGAGGAUGCUGGCUGGGGCGCCGAGCAGGUCUAG